ACGUGCAAGGAUAGAUGUCUCGUUAUGUUCGCGCCAGAGAAGAUUUGCGUUAAACACUUACGGUGUAAUGUAACGUUUUUGGCGGAUUUGGAUGCAACUUUGAAUGGUUCAGCUCACGAAGUCGAAGAAGACAGAGGGAAGUGGGGUAACAAAUUUGAAUUUGUCCUGGCAAGUGUCGGACUAACUGUCGGUUUGGGAAACAUAUGGCGAUUUUCAGCACUGGCUUACGAAAAUGGUGGAAGUGCAUUUCUUAUUCCAUAUAUUGUUCUGAUAAUAUUAUUUGGGCUGCCAACAAUGUUUCUUGAAAUGGCAAUCGGUCAGUACACGAGCAGUGGUCCGUCGAUGGUCUUCAAGCACUACAUGCCAGCCUUACAAGGAAUGUGUUGUCGAGUAUCUGUUUUGGCGAAAAUACAGACCAUCCUAUAUUUAUUUUUCUCCUUUUUUGACGGGAUAUUACUAUGGGAAAGUUGCAGUAAUGAAUGGAAUGAUAUAUGUAAGCCAAAGGAAAAAGUUUGCACUUCAGGAAAUCUAGUCUGGUCACCAACCACUACACGCUUAGCAUUCAAGUUCAUAUUUGGAAAUGUUUGUUUUCAGCGAGAGCUACUUUUCAGAAAUGUCAUAACGAGAAGAUCCCAAGGAAUUGAAUAUAUCGGCGGGAUUAAUUGGUCACCGUUUUUAACACUGAUGGCAGUGUGGGGGCUCGUAUUCUUAGUUCUGAUAAAAGGACAAAAGUACUUGGGAAAAGUUGCUUAUGUAAGAUUCACGUCUACAUCUCCGUAUCUUAUCAUUGCUAUGCUUUUCUUUCGUGCAAUAACGCUAGAAGGUUCCGGUGAAGGAUUGUACUACUACAUGGGGAAACCAGAUUUUUCUAAGCUAACUGAGCAUCAGACAUGGUCGGCAGCACUCGUCCAGAUAUGCUUUUCUAUAAAUAUCGGCUAUGGUUCCGUUAUUAUGCUCGCGUCGUACAACAAACGAAAUAACAACUGUUUUGCGGAUGCAUGGAUCGUUGUGGCGGCUGAUUUACUCAUGAGUGUAUUCGGUGGUGCAGCAGUGUUUGCUACGCUUGGUUACCUUUCUCAUGAACUACAAGUACCCAUUGAUGAAGUGGUUUCUAGCGGGCACUCGUUGGCUUUCGUAGCAUAUCCAGAAGCGAUUUCAAAGAUGCCGUAUCAGUCAGUUUGGUCCGCACUUUUCUACUCCAUGCUUUUCCUCCUAGGUUUCAGUUCAGAAAUUGCAUUCACGGAGACAUUCUGCACGAGUAUCUACGAUCAGUGGCCAUCUACACGUAGUUAUAAGUGGCUUGUAUCACUAUCUUGUUGUGUCGUUUUUUUUGCUUGCGGCAUAAUAUUAACCACUGAGGUGAGUCUACUAUUGAACAGCGCUAGGGACUGUUCUUCUUGA